AAACGAAACUGAGGCGCAUACUUGCGUGCGAGAUCCUCAUGCGGAAUUGUAGCGCAAACACAACCCGUGCAAAAAAGUAGAAUGGCCACGCUGCAAGCAAGAAAAGAGGGCAUGCUCGUGCAUCCACAACGUUUACUGACCAUCCUAAUAAUAGUCGUAGGUUGUGGAGGCGAAGGGACGUUGAUCAAUUACCUUUUAAAUGCGUCCCUAAAACCCUUCGAACCCUGUCAGAUGGACAAGUAUAGGCUGGCGCUCACACCGCCGCAUGAUUCUUUUCUUUUCCAAGCAACGAGUAGGUCUGUCUGGUGGCAGUGUAAGGUCUCCGAACUUCCGUCGGCGAGAGCAAGGCUGUUACUAUUAGAUCGACAAGUCAUGACUCACGACACCACCCGGCCCCGGCGCGAACACACUGUGCACCAUGCACCGCCUCGUCAUUGCUUUUCCGUACAACGACGCCAGGGUUGGACUUGAUGGUCCCACGGCGAAAUAACAGAGGUCUGUCUGACGACGACAGAGCCACACGUUAGGGUCCUCGCACAAUGUAAGGCCACUCGGAAGAAAAUGGGCCCCAAGUUC